AUGGCUACUCGAGACCCCGACGUACUUUGUGGCAGCCCGGGGGAUGUAACCAGCGGAAAGGAAGUUUUUCUUGGGGACGAGACAUCUCAACUUCCUAAGCAGCGCCAUACACGACACCAUUGGUUUCUCUGGCUCAAUGCUACAGUCUUUGCACUGUCCUUAUUCCUUUUCGCCAUGACUGCGAGCAUCGUCCGGGGCAUUGGCGACCAGAACCAACUUCUGCGGAAGACCUCUGAAUACUCUCCCAUAUUUGAUCGUCUUCAAAUUCCAAUGAUACGCCGGAAGAUGAACGGAACGCUGUUGGAACCGGAUCCUCUGCCUAUCUACCGCCAGCCUCCGAGCCCUGAGGUGGACGCAGCCUGGAACCGACUGGCAAACAUCAAUCCCAUCACCAUCAGUCGCGAUGACGUGGUCAAGCUGGGCAGGGACCCCGAACAGGCGGCCAAAUGGCCAGAGAGCUUUGGCUUCGGAUCCGAGGCGUACAUUGGGCGGAUUGAUGUCUUUCAUCAGAUCCAUUGCCUGGACUGGCUGCGUCGCGAAGCGUACUUCGACCACUACUAUGGGAAGAAAUGGCCGCCGGGAACCCCGCCGUCCGACAUGCAUCGAACCCAUAUCUCCCACUGCAUCUACCUGCUGCUCCAGAACCUAAUGUGUACCGCUAAUGUCGACAUCUACACCCACUACUGGGCGGACGCGCAACUGAACGCCUUCCCCGACUUUAGCGUGAAUCACCAAUGUCGAGACUUCGACGCCGUAUUGCGGUGGCAGGAGGAGAACUCGGUCAAUGUGGAUGAGUUUGCAGCCAUCCGGAAGCCGCCUGAUGCAGUGGCGCGGGUCAUGUCUCACCGGUUCAAGGAGCUGUUUGGCUGGUACAACUCCAACCCCGAUGAUGGCUCUGAUAGUGGGGUAAUUGGAUAG